AUGGGCCCCUGCUUCAGAGCCGCGCUCCUGCUGCUCCUUCUCCCGGCUCUGGAAAAGGCCGCCUGGGCAGCGCCCACCUCCGCGCCCGCGCGGCAAGGAAGAAUCCUGGUGAGGAGUAAGGAUUUGAGGAUGCUACGCCCCAGAGUAAAUUUGGACCACCCUUCCUCCUACAUCCCUGAAAUCAGGAGACUGCCCUACAAGUCAAUAGGCUGUGAUCAGUACACAAAUAAAAGUUGUGAGGCGUGCCUGAAAAAUGUCACAUGUUUAUGGUGCACCAGCAACAAGAAAUGCAUAGAAUAUCCUGUUAGGAGUAUCCUUCCUCCCAGCUCUGUCUGCGCGCUGAGUUCUGCACGCUGGGGGGUCUGUGGUGUGAAUUUUGAAGCUCUGAUUAUUACAAUGUCUGUGGUGGGAGGAGGCAUCAUUAUCGCUCUGUGUGUUUGCUGCUGCUGCUGCUGCAGGAAGAAAAAAAGCAUAAACAGACCAGAUAAGGAAGAAGAAAAAGCUGUCAGGGAGAAGGAGCAAAGAAGAGUAAAGCAGGAAGAGAGGAGAGCAGAGAUGAAAUCUAGACAUGAUGAAAUCCGGAAGAAAUAUGGUCUGUUCAAAGAAGAGAACCCAUAUGCCAAAUUUGAAAACAACUAAAAUACCAAAACCAACUCUGGCAAUGCUGUUUACACUACAGCUGCUAAAGAUCUGUAUAUAUAUAUCUAGAUGCCUUAAUUGCAAAUGGAAGAAAUUGAACUUGCACAAGACGAAGCCAACUGUAAUUCCAGUGAGCUGUUAACAAGCGGAUCAAGCCAAACAUACCUCUGAAAUUCC